GCUGCUCUUGCUGCGCCCGGUCCUGCGCGCUUCCCUCCCGCCGCGGGUGGGCUCCGCAGCCUCCGGCCCGCGGCGGCCCUCACCCUCCACCGGGGCAGUGCAGCCCGUGCGGCCCAUCCCGGGGGCUCCCUUCUCCCUCCCGCAGCUCCUCUGCGGAACCGGCUCGGGCGCCCAACUUUGCCUCUUCGCCUGUCGCCCCUGCCGGGCGCGAACCUGUUCACCCCAGUCCGGCCGCGCGCCCAGGGACCGUGCGCCUGGCGCUCAAGCCGGUGUCCUCAGCCCUGAGCGCAGGGAGUGUGGGGUGGCUCUGGGGAAGUAGCAGGGGGCGGCGGCGGCUGCUGCCUUGACUUCUCUUGCCGGGCGCUGAAGAGGACCCUUAGAGCCGCUCCGGGGCCCCAGGCGCUGGAUGACUGGCACGAGGAGCGCGCCUCGCACCUGGUAAUGAAAGACUCCUCAGCUGACCCUCCCUGCAUUUUCAGCUGCAGCAUGAGUCACUGCAGGCGCUCAAGGCAGUGUGCUGUCCGAAUCUGGACUUGGUAGUUACCAAGAUGCGCUGGUGUGUGAGAGUUGGGCUUGACUGCCCAGGUGCCCGUGGACUCUCAGUGUGAUACAUGAUCGAGGACACGCUGCAGCCCUUCCCUCCUUGGCACUUUCCCCACAUGACGGGAAGACGAGUUUCUGGUUAGAAGACAAGUGCCCAGAGUCAAAGGCCUUCUGCCCACCAUGAAGGGACCCUGCGUCAUUGCAUGGCUGUUCUCAAGCCUUGGGUGGUGGAGACUCGCCCAGCCAGAAACCGACGCUUCUCAGUGCCAGAGAGCGGAGCACCCAGUCAUUUCCUAUAAAGAAAUUGGCCCCUGGUUACGGGAGUUCAGAGCGAAGAAUGCUGUGGAUUUCUCGCAGUUAACAUUUGACCCAGGACAGAAAGAACUUGUUGUAGGAGCAAGAAACUACCUCUUCAGGUUGCAGCUUGAGGAUUUGUCUCUGAUCCAGGCUGUGGAGUGGGAGUGUGAUGAAGCGACCAAGAAAGCCUGUUACAGCAAGGGCAAAUCGCAGGAGGAAUGUCAGAACUACAUCCGGGUCCUUCUGGUGGGCGGUGACCGGUUAUUUACCUGUGGGACCAACGCCUUCACGCCCGUCUGCACCAACCGGACGUUGAGUAACCUGACGGAGAUCCAUGAUCAGAUCAGCGGCAUGGCCCGCUGCCCCUACAGCCCCCAGCACAAUUCCACGGCUCUCCUCACGGCCGGCGGGGAGCUCUAUGCUGCUACUGCCAUGGAUUUCCCGGGCCGCGAUCCCGCCAUCUACCGGAGCCUGGGCGUUUUACCGCCGCUCCGCACCGCGCAGUACAACUCCAAAUGGCUCAAUGAACCGAACUUUGUGUCAUCUUACGACAUCGGGAAUUUCACCUACUUCUUUUUUCGAGAAAAUGCCGUGGAGCAUGACUGUGGGAAAACCGUGUUCUCCCGAGCGGCCCGGGUCUGCAAGAAUGACAUCGGGGGGCGGUUCCUGCUGGAGGACACCUGGACCACAUUCAUGAAGGCCCGCCUGAACUGCUCGCGCCCCGGGGAGGUGCCGUUUUACUACAACGAGCUGCAGAGCACCUUCUUCCUGCCCGAGCUCGAUCUGAUCUACGGCAUCUUUACCACCAACGUGAACAGCAUCGCCGCCUCUGCCGUGUGCGUCUUCAACCUGAGUGCCAUCUCGCAGGCCUUCAACGGGCCCUUCAAAUACCAGGAGAACUCACGCUCCGCCUGGCUGCCCUAUCCCAACCCCAACCCCAACUUCCAGUGCGGCACGGUGGACCAAGGUCUGUACGUGAACCUGACGGAAAGGAACCUGCAGGAUGCUCAGAAGUUCAUCCUGAUGCAUGAGGUGGUGCAGCCAGUGACUGCAGUGCCCUCCUUCAUGGAGGACAACAGCCGCUUUUCCCACCUGGCCGUCGACGUGGUGCAGGGCAGGGACGUGCUCGUCCACAUCAUCUAUUUGGCCACAGAUUAUGGCACCAUUAAGAAAGUACGGGCACCCCUGACCCAGACCUCCAGCAGCUGUCUGCUGGAAGAGAUCGAGCUCUUCCCGGAGAGGCGGAGGGAGCCCAUCAGGAGCCUGCAGAUCCUCCACAGCCAGAGCGUCCUCUUUGUGGGCCUGCGGGAGCACGUGGCCAAGGUCCCACUGAAGAGGUGCCAGUUCCACCGCACACACAGCACCUGCAUUGGGGCCCAGGACCCUUACUGUGGCUGGGAUGUGGUGAUGAAGAAAUGCACAAGUCUUGAGGAGAGCCUGAGCAUGACGCAGUGGGAGCAGAGCGUCUCCGCCUGUCCUACGAGGAAUCUCACCGUGGAUGGGCACUUUGGUGUGUGGUCUCCAUGGACGCCCUGCACGCACACAGAUGGCAGCGCUGUGGGAUCCUGCCUCUGUCGCACCCGCUCCUGUGACAGCCCGGCCCCCCAGUGUGGCGGUUGGCAGUGCGAGGGCCCCCGCAUGGAGAUCGCCAACUGUUCCAGGAAUGGAGGCUGGACCCCCUGGACCUCGUGGUCUCCCUGUAGCACCACCUGUGGGAUCGGCUUCCAGGUGCGGCAGCGGUCCUGCAGCAACCCCACUCCUCGGCACGGGGGCCGGGUGUGCGUGGGACAGAACCGCGAGGAAAGAUACUGCAAUGAGCAUCUGCUGUGCCCCCCACACAUGUUCUGGACAGGCUGGGGUCCUUGGGAACGGUGCACAACCCAGUGUGGGGGUGGCAUUCAAGCUCGCCGCAGGACCUGUGAGAAUGGGCCUGACUGUGCAGGCUGUAAUGUGGAGUACCAGCCUUGUAAUACCAACCCAUGCCCUGAACUGAAGAAGACUACCCCCUGGACCCCCUGGACACCUGUCAACAUCUCUGACAAUGGUGGCCACUAUGAGCAGCGAUUUCGAUACACGUGCAAAGCCCGCCUGCCUGAUCCGAAUUUGCUGGAAGUGGGAAGACAGAGAAUAGAAAUGCGGUAUUGUUCUAGUGAUGGAACCAGCGGCUGUUCCACAGAUGGCCUUUCUGGAGACUUCCUGCGUGCAGGAAGGUACUCUGCCCACACUAUCAAUGGGGCUUGGUCAGCCUGGACAUCAUGGUCACAGUGCAGCCGCGACUGUAGCAGGGGCAUUCGGAAUCGGAAGCGAGUUUGCAACAAUCCAGAGCCCAAGUAUGGGGGCAUGCCUUGCCUGGGCCCCUCCCUGGAGUACCAGGAAUGCAACAUUUUGCCUUGCCCAGUGGAUGGCAUGUGGUCUUGCUGGUCCUCGUGGUCAAAAUGCUCGGCGACAUGUGGCGGUGGACACUACAUGAGGACCCGCUCCUGCACAAACCCAGCCCCAGCCUAUGGAGGAGACAUCUGCCUGGGGCUGCACACGGAAGAGGCGCUCUGCAGCACGCAGCCCUGCCCUGAGAGCUGGUCGGAGUGGUCAGACUGGUCCGAGUGCGAUGCGUCUGGAGUCCAGGUCCGCGCCCGCCAGUGCAUCCUUCUGUUCCCUGUGGGUGGCCAGUGUUCCGGAAACACAACGGAGAGCCGGCCGUGUGUUUUUGAUUCCAAUUUCAUCCCAGAAGUAUCUGUCGCGAGAUCCAGUAGCGUAGAAGAGAAAAGGUGUGGAGAGUUCAACAUGUUCCACAUGAUUGCUGUUGGGCUGAGCAGCUCUAUCCUGGGCUGCCUUCUUACACUUCUUGUCUACACCUACUGCCAGCGGUACCAACAGCAAUCCCACGAUGCCACUGUCAUCCACCCGGUUGCACCUGCCCCUCUCAACACCAGCAUAACUAACCACAUCAACAAACUGGACAAGUAUGACUCGGUGGAGGCCAUCAAGGCAUUUAACAAAAACAACUUGAUCCUGGAGGAAAGAAACAAAUACUUCAACCCACAUCUCACUGGGAAGACCUAUUCUAACGCCUACUUUACAGAUCUCAAUAAUUAUGAUGAGUACUAAUAGCUCUUAUAUUUUUGGCUUCUUGUAAUACCCCAGUUCCUCAAGGCCUGUGCUCCAUGACUGCCCAUGUUUCUGAGACUUCAAAGAUGAAGUUUGGAUACAUUUCAAGUGCAUUUCAAGCCACGAGUGUCCCAUUGCUGCCAAAAAUAGAUGUCUUUGAAAGCAACAAAAAUCUAAAUAUGACAUCGUGAAAAUCUGCUCUACAAUACUUGAUCAUUGUUGAGUGAGCCAUGGUGUGAAGUUUUUUAUUGUGUUCAGUCCAUUUUUCUAACAAGUCGGUUGUUUUCUUGCGCUUUUUAAUAAAUGUACCACCCACAUUGGAAGGAGUCUUUAGAAAUAUGAACGUCUUCUUGCUCUUGAACUUAAAUCUUCAUGAUGUUUUAAUUCAAGAAAGUAGGCACUUUAUAUGAAAGCCCCCUACCCCUCUACAAAGAGGUCCAUAAUAUUGAUAAAAUGAAGAAUAUGAAUGUGGCCAUAUAGUUAUUCACCACAGAUCUCCCGUCUUUCCAGUCUGGAUAAUACUGUGGAAUUCUUGGAAGCAACUUAUUAGUUUGGAUUUGGAAUGAUUCUUCCUGAGGAGGCCCAGGAAUUCAAUCUGACUUUCACCUGCAGAGGUGAUGAUAUGAGACACUCCACCAUUGGUCUUGAUGAAGUAACUGUGCUAUCGCUGGGGGAGGUGAGCAUAAAGAGCAGAGGACAGACACAAUGAGGGGGAAAGUGUUCUGCAGGUUGCUGCAAAACUAGCCUUGUUCUAACUUUUGGAUUUCAGCCUACCUACCUGUCUCAUCCACAGAAAUGUCCUGAAGAGCCAGUCUAUCAAAUAACCACUUAUUGAGAGGGUACACUCUACACCUCUUCUCUCCCUGCAGAGAAAAAUCUUGAACAUUCAUCAUGCCAAUGAAGAAAGAAUUGAAAGUACUGAAAUAUAAUUGAAAACAACUUUUUUAUUGUCUGUAUUAUGGAAAGUGUUGAAAGAACUGAUAUGUAAUGAAAAGCUACUUUUAUUUUCCACCUCUCUGAUAGAACUGGUGUAUGGCAGUCAGCCCCUACCAAGAGCAUUAAUGAUGUGUAACGCUGGCUUUCUGCAGCUUGUCGCUGUACAUACUGAAGUGCUCCCCAAGUACCAAGCUGUCAUUUGCUGCCGCCAGGUCAGGUGAGGAGGAGAUGUUUAGCUCUGGUGCCUUUGUUUUUAUCUCAGUGCUGCCUUCCAGUCCACUCACUCCCACUUCUCCCUGCAUGGAGGCAACAGCAUUUCAAGACAUACCUUGAGAAACUGGGGUAUCUGGGAGAAUGUUUUUAAUGAUCCCCGUGGUUCUGAGCACUGAUCAUUGAUAAGCAUUUCAGGGUCUUACAAUACUUUUCAUAGUGGUUCCCAGGAGAGAGAGAAAAAAACAGGAUAAAUUACUCACAGACAGCUGAUAGUAGCAUACGGCAGUUGGUUGAAUAAUUAUUGAAAGUGAGAACAAGAUUGAAACUCUUCAUCUGAUGCCUCUGGGCAUUGCGAUAAAGGCCUGGGUGGACAUUAAAACAUAUUCUUAUUGAUAAAUGGACCUUCAGAUCUGUGAAAAAUAUAUACACAGACAGUAUACAUGCUUUUACCCUAUCCAAUUUAAAGAGAGAAUUUCAGAAAGUAUUGGGAAAAUCCUAUGUUUAGUAAUGAAUGUUGUGGAGUUCAGAAUAUUCUCAUAUACCCAAAUUUGCAGAAACAGCUCUACUAAAAUUAAAAUUUAAAUGCCAAGUGGGCUCUGGGAGGUCUGAUAGAUUGCAAAUGAAUGGUGAUCCUGUUGCAUCUCCUGUAUUCCUUGUAUGCUCUGUGGGACUGCUCUGUCUCUACCCAAAGGCCACAUUCAGGAGGGGAAAUUCAGCCAGAUGGUUUCCUCAUUGUUCCUGGGUUGUAUUUUCAACGGAUGCUUCAACCUGUCUCAUCACUUUCCUGUAAGAAAAAUGUCCUCACUGUGUAGCACAUCUUAGCUGUUUUUUGAAUCCCUUCCCCAAAUAUUUUCUAAUCUUAAAAGGUCAUUCUAUUUCCCCUAGGAAAAGGGAUAUUUCAGAAAAGCAUCUCUGGACUUGAUGGGAACUGCUUUCUAAAUGACAUCAAAGCUGGUCUUUAAUCAAUUUUAUGCAAUGACUAGGGAAACACCUCCCCCACAACAGAAUUUUCAUGUUACUGAUUACAUAAACUUUGCGAUUAUCACUGCCAAGAAAUCCCCUCACUUUUGUUCCCUGAAAUUCUAUUCAGAGGAAAACUGUCCUGGCUUCUCUUUCUCUCCCUCUCUCUCCCUCCCUCCCUCCUUCAUUCCUCUCUCCCUCUUAUUUUACAGAAUAUCCAUUGGUUUAGAAUAAUUUUAGCUAUAUUCUAAUUAUCUUAACCAGCUGUGGAGUAACUCUUCUUUUCCCAGCACUGUAUAGCUGUUGCUCAUGUCUAUACGCAUCGCUCCAUACCCCUCGUUACUGCAUGGGUCCUCAUGGGCUUGGCUAUCCACCACUUCUCCUGCGGUGUCCUUCAUACGCCAGCUCUUAUUUAGGUUGGGGUGUUUGGGAUUGCUGCCGCCACUGGUCACGUUAUACAUUUCUAUGUGACUUUUUGAUUCUCUAUCUUUUUUUCUUUUCCUUUUCCUUCCUUCUUUCCUUCCUUUCUUCCUUCUGGUUUCUUUCUUGCUGUCUUUAUUUCUUUCCUUGUCUCUUUCUUCUGUCUUUUUCUUUCCUUUUGAUCCAAGCAGCACAAAUAGAGACUAAUAUUUCUAAGCUGCACUUCUCUGAACCUACCAUCAAAUGACAUUAAUCACAGUUUAACUUCUAGGGUUAUUUCUGGAUACAGUUGAAGUUUGGCUGGUUUCCUUAGGAAACUGACUUUAGUCUCACACGUGAAUUCUUUGGAAGAGGUUCCCAGUGUGAUUCAGGGUCCUCUCUCCAGACUGGACUAGUCACCAUGUGAUGUCACCCCUACAGUGCACUAACAUUUUACAGAAGGGAGAACACGGAAUUCCCAAAUGCAGCAUAGCACAUGGUCUUCCCACGAUAGCUCUGUAGAGGAGUGGCUGUGAUGAAACCGUGGGCUUUGUCACCCUGAGUGAUAUGCGCUCAGUGAGCUCAGGGGGUGCAGGAUCAGGCUGUGCUCCAUGAAGCCCCACCCUCACCAGGCUCGGGCGUUUCCUCAGUUAUCUGCCCAGCUCGCUUUAGGUGUAUUUCUAUGCUGCUGCCCCUGGAAACUGGUGUGAGGCAUCUGAACUUCCCUGCUCCCCCUGGGAAGUUCCACUAAGGCUAAUCCAGUAGCUUCUGACUAGAGCAGGCAUUGACACUGGGAAAAGAGAGGGUUCCUUGUUAUCUGGAGGCUGGGCAGAGAUUCUGAAGGAACUGAAGAGGAACUAACAGUGGCUGAGCGUGAGGCAUCCCUGCCGCGGAGAAGCCCCUGUCCCUGGGAAGGUCAGUCCACAUGGUCCAGGGUGACCCAGGGGCCUGACCCAUCGACUCGCGGAGUGACGCCAAAGAGAAAGGAAGCAAACAUGGGAGAAGAUCAGACAAGUAGGUGACUGUGAAAAGAAGGGGACCUGGUCACUCCCAAGCCGAGUGUCGUGGACCGUCCGUGUGGGUCUGAUCCUUGCACUCUCCCAGGAUCGUCUGUGCAGACUGCAGGCAAAGGUGUCCUUAUUCCUUAUUCAUCCGCGAAAGGGUGACAUUCAUGGGAAUCAAAGCCCAUGUGGGUGAGUGUUUCCACUGGAGUCUUUGGUGGAAUUAGUGGGUCAGGCCAGCGUCGCAGUUAUGGACAAAGUCUCAGCACAGGGAGUCUUCUCCAUGUCCCGGAGGCUACCUGAGGGAAUCCAUCAGCGUGUAACUGAAGAUCAAAGGAGGUUUUAUUUUAAAAAUAGAUCAAGUCUUCAAUCAGCUAAUCAUCUUGUGUAAACACUUCCUUAAUGCUCACUGAAAGUGCAGCCUUGAUAGUGUUUGAGUUUACACGUUUCUUUAUGCUUCUUUAUGACAUUUUUCUGACUUUUAGAAUAAAUUAUAAAUGUUUCCCCAACACUGUCAAACCACAGUCAGCAUUGACUGCUUCAUGACCGUCAACCUUUUUUAGCCCCAGGAUGUCUUUACACUCCACUGGGAUUUUCUUGUGUGUGGCAUUUUGGGGUAGUUGCAUUGAAUUCAGCAUUUCUAUCUCAAAAGAUGGUUCUGGGGCACCUAUCCAGAGGAAAGAGAUACCAGUGGUGGAUCCCGUGAACUGAGCCAGCCUCAGAGCAGCCGUUCUCUGUGUGGCCGUCUCGUGCCUAAGUCCUUCAGCUCCAAUAGUCAAUGUCCAUGAAGAUAGAAAUUAAAAUAAUGACCCUAAAUCAAGUCAUACGCAAACUCUCCACUCUUCUUUUUAAGAUGAUACAAACUGGAAUUCACAGAUCUCGUUGGCCAUGCCCAGCACAUUCAUUCUUUCUAAUGUCUCCAUUAUUUCAUGGUAAUUUAUGUUGACUUGGUGAUUUAUGUUGACACAUUACCAAAUUUCAUUACCUAUGAUUAUCUAUUAUCAGACACUAGAAAGCCAUUCUGAGCCCUCUGCUUCUCUGAUCAAUGAAUGUAAAAUGGGAGAGCAUAGAGUAACAUUCACUUUGACCUGAGAAAAGCACAAAAGGGGCUGCCAAACAUUUCACAGUGUAUUACCAUGUAGGAUAAAAUAUUUGCAGACCAGAGACCAUUGUGGAAUUUAUUUCUGCUGUUCUCCCCUAUUGGGGCCAGUAAUAAUAAUUGAUUUAAAGAUAUUUUGUAAUUCGACAAAUACUCAACCAAGGCAUUCUGAUUAUCUAUUUUGAUAACCUAGUAAAACAUAGGAAAAUAUAUUGCUUUAAUCCUUGCUUCUUUUCUCUUUUGGAAAUUGAAAAAUAAUGAACAAGAUGUAAAGUUGAACUGUUGGCAGGGAUUUCUAAGAUGACUAUUCCAUACUCUUUUUUUUUAUGGAUUAUAUUAAAGAUGCACCACACAUAUUUUCUGGAGAAAAUGGAUCAAAAUUUUUUUCAAUGAUCAUUUGUUGCAUUAUCAAAUAUUUGGUACGUCACAGAAGCAUCAGGAAUGGAACCUCUUCUCUUUUGAAAAUAUAGUUCACACUGCAAAGGGACUUAGAGCAUCAUCAAAAUCAAAUUCAGAGCCUGACACAAAGUGUACUGUUCUUAUGAAAGCUGCCUCAUUCAGUGUUUUUAAAAGAUCAUAUUAGUUCUGCCAUAGAGAGCAAUCAAGCUUGUUACCCAUCACCAGAGUCAGCACCGAUUCCCAUUCAUGUUUUACUUUGACAUGAUGACAGUAACUAGUAAAGGACACUUUAAAACUUGAAAGGAGAAAAAUAGAGAUAGAAAACCACUCUAUGGCAUUUCUUAACUAACAUGCUGGGUGGGCAAUGCAGUUAAUUCCACCUCUUCAGGUUUAGUCAGAAAUAUGAGGCCAAGAGUUCAAACACGAGCCUGUUCUUUCUCAGCUCUUUGGCCAUUUGACACCAAAUGGUUCAAAUCUAUGAAUGGUGGUUCGAAUGGUAGUUCAGAAUGGUUCACAUGUUAGAUAAAUGCGAGCUGGGAGUAAAAUCUUGAUUCUGGAAAGUCCAAAUUAUCCUUCUAUCAUGUCACUAAGAAAAGCAUUGUUAUCCACCCCCUAUAAGUGCAGAUAGUUUAAUUUCUUAUAAAAAGUUGCCAGUGCCUUGUUUAAGAUGAUGAUUUAUUAUUUCAUUUGCAUAUUAUUGGUUCCAAUUCAAAGCAGAGCAUUGAUUGGCUGUACUUCGAAUAAAAUCAUUCUUGUAUACCUCUUGAACUCAGGAAUAGAAAAUGACCAAGAAGCACAUCGUCGUCAGAUGUGAUUUUUGCUCCCACUGCGGGUAUGGCCCCAGGAUAGGCAAUGGUGUGGUCAGAAUUUAGGUGAAACAGUCUCAGCCUUCCAGAAACUGACAUCACUUUAAUUUUACAUCUUCCAAAAAACACCUUAGCAUCUGUUCUGUAAUAGGAAUGUUAAUGUGAUGCCUUUAGAAGUUAAAGGGUUUUGUCACUGUCCCUCUUCAGGCAAGUGUAUAGAUACAGGAAAAUCAGACACAGGCGGGUGACGGCUGGCACAGAAAUGGUGAGUGGAAUGAGAGCCACCUAGCACAUUGCCUGCUGGGCUUUUUUUAAUGUCAAAACUGUUUUCACAAGUUCACAAAGUUAUCACUCUUAAUUUGGGUCAAGAAAAUUAACAGUGUUUUCUGUGCUAAAGUUGAUUGCUUUGCCCCUAUACCCUGACUGUUGGCCAAAAUGAAACUUGAACUUCUGCACUUUGAAAGAAAGCAUAGUGUGAAUCUUCAACCCAAGCACCUGCUGAACUUCUGCAUCAUCUGCAAAGAAAAUGCACACACUUGGUCCAAGUAGGAUUCUUCAAAGGUGUGUAACAAAAUUUGUGUGUUAUGCCACUUGAUGUGACUUUUGAAGAUGUUAUGAAAUGUUAAAUGGCUCAUUCUGUGUUAGUUUGCUGUUGCUAUUUUGUGAUACAAAAUAAACUUGUUUGGGAUCAUUUCAUUUUUUUUCAUUGAACCUUCUCCAAAGCUAACUUCAGCCCUUGGUAAACUGCAGAAAGUUACUGACCUUAAAAUUAAUUUUUAAAUGGCAAUAUAUAUUAAUUAUAUUGGAGCUUUUUUAGAAUAAGAUAACAUUGCCUUCCCCUUCAUUUGAAUGAGAAGAUGGAGCCUUGGGUGCCCUGUGCGAAUGCUCGUGGAUUGCUGGGUAUUUCCUCACAGGACCAUUGGGUGCACCACACUUUUUUUCAGUCCUUACGUUCAAUUUUCAAGGUGUCUUUUGAAACCUUAUUCUUAGAAAUGUGCAAUACAAAUUUCCAAUGGUCUUCACUUUUAUCUACUCUGUUCAUCAAUUUGCUGGUCUUAAAUGCUCGCUUGACAGCUGUCCAGGUCUAUAUCUAAGAAAGUGUGUUAAUGACACCUGACACAUACAUUAUUUCCAAAAGUCAGUUUAAGACACCGAUUGUGGCAGCCCAGGCAGGGAGGUCAUUGCCUCUUGCACUGGAUCAAUCACGGAAGUUCAGAGAAGGGAAGUGGGGGAGGGGCGGGGGGCAGAUACCCACCCAGUCAGCAGAAACCAACACACACCUGCUCCUAGCCUCAACUCUGAGGAAAACGAACAUAUUUAUAAGAUAAAAUGAGCUAUCAUCACAGAAGUAAAGAUGUCAUGUUCACUCACUGCCCUUGGUGAAUUGCCAGUUUCUAUAACCCAAACCUAUUCACCUUUUUUAAACAAUAACUUCAUGAAGAAUGAUCCUGAGUACUGCUAACAGGGCAGCAAGCUUCCUUUCAUAACAACCCCCUCCUCAUCUCUAUCUGCCAACAUUUUUGGGGACUAAAUAACAGAAUCCUGAUUAUGUACAGUAUAAAUUGUAUUAUAUUUUUUGUACUUAUGUUUUAUGUAAAUAGUUUGUCUCAUUCAAUUGUAUGUGAGCAUUGAAAUAAAUCCAACCAUUUAGGAAACAA